CAGCACAUCAAGAGACCAAUGAACGCGUUCAUGGUGUGGGCCAAGGACGAACGUAGAAAAAUUCUCAAAGCGUGUCCCGACAUGCACAACUCGAACAUUUCGAAAAUCCUCGGAGCUCGCUGGAAGUCGAUGACCAAUGCGGAAAAACAACCCUACUACGAGGAGCAAUCACGACUGUCGAAGUUGCACAUGGAGAAACACCCCGACUACAGAUACAGACCGAGACCGAAGAGAACUUGUAUCGUCGACGGGAAGAAGCUUCGCAUUUCCGAGUACAAGAUGCUCAUGAAGCAGCGCCGUGAGGAAAUGAGAGCUCUAUGCGGAGAUGCGGGAGCUAGUUCGAAAGACAUGCCCCUCUCGAUGACACCGGGCGACCAAGCCGCCUUCCAAGCCGCCUUCGAAGCCGCUCGACAAGCAUAGCAGGAGGCUGGCAGAGUUCAGGAAAACACUGAGCUCGGCCCCGAAGGACACAACAUCAUCCGCAGACCGUGGGAACAACCUCAGUAAUCGAUUCCGCUCCAUCCCGAGUGAAGGAGAACGGGAAGCUUCGGGAUAUUCGGGGAAUCCAGGAUCGGCGA